CAAAAAGUGCUUCCAACAAAAGGCCUCGGAAUCAUCAGCGAUGGUGGCGCUGCUUUGGCUUCGAUACUGGCUAUGCAUGUUGCUCUCUGGAGUUUAUGGAUCUCUCUUCUCCACCCGAGCAGAGCUGCGAGAUGCGCUGCUCCAGUGGCACAAUGCGGACGAGGCCACCAAGUUGCAGCUGACCUCGUUGUGGGGAACGCCUGGUGAAUGGAACGUGUCAUCCGUCACCAACAUGAGUGGACUCUUCAAGGACUUGGACGGCUUCAAUGAGAACAUCAGCGCAUGGGAUACUUCGAAGGUACUGGACAUGAGUUCCAUGUUCCAUGGAGCCACUGCAUUCAACAUGCCCAUCGGCGCGUGGAACACGUCAAGUGUGAAGACAAUACGCAAGAUGUUCUACGAGGCGUCCAGUUUCAAUGAGCCGAUUGACUUGUGGAUCACAGCGGCAGUCGUUGACAUGGAAGACAUGUUCUCUGGAGCCAUGUCCUUUGAUCAGCCCAUCGGUGCUUGGGACACGGGCAAUGUGAGAACCAUGAACGGCAUGUUCUACAAUGUAAAUGACAUGCAUCACAUGUUUGAAGGAGCUGUCGCCUUUGACCAGCCGCUGAAUCCUUGGGACACCAAGGCUGUCACAAACUUCUCCGGAAUGUUUUUCCGUGCCAGCUCCUUCGACCAGCCAGUUGGAUUGUGGGACACGUCAGCCGCCACAGACAUGUAUCGUAUGUUUACAGGGGCCGAAAGUUUUGAUCAGUCUGUCUCGACAUGGAACUUGACAUCAAUCCCUGAUGCCCAAGCUAUGGCCGAAGCUUUCACAGGUUCAGGCAUGUCAACUUGCAUGUUGCGUCUCAGUUCCGAAGCUUGGGGUUUGCCUGCCAGCAUUCGACAGACUUGGUCAGACCAACUCUGUCCCAGUUGCCCUUGUCAAAACACGAACUUGGCAUGUGUGGACGAGGCCUGUCGGCCAGUGAACUCCGGCUUCAUUGAGCUUGGGAGAGGUGCUUGGGAUGAUCGAAAUGCAAGUCUGACAACUGCUGUGGGCUUUCGAGCAUGUGUCGAGAGAUGCAAAGACUUGGAGUGUGGUGCUUUCCUUCUGGAAGACUCUGGGCGCUGCUGGCUGAUGGACGACAUGAACGACCAGAGUGAGCUCAGCUUGAUAGGACAUGGUGACAUGGGCCUCGUGCCGCACCUUCUCGUGCCCCGCGGGAACGACGUGGACGGCGACGAGGAGACCCAACGCCUCGGCCGUGAGGGCGACGGUGACGGCGGCCUCCUGUUGCAGGACUUGGAAUGCCGGAGCUGUGCAGCUGGAAAAGCUCCCAAGGAUGAUCGUUGUGAAGCAUGCGCCUCAGGCUUUGCCCAAGCUGGUGCUGUGCGAUGUGAAGACUGUCCACCUGGAGAGGUUCCUGUGCUUCCGAGCCGCACUGACUGCAGGGCAUGCGCUCCUGGCCAUUAUUCCGAUGGUGAUACGUGCCGGUCCUGUUCAUUUCCCUUUCUCUUGCUGGACAACACCUGUGUUUGGUGGCACCUUGUGUUGAUCAUCGGCUUGCUGGCCCUCUCCUCCGGCAUCGUCUUCCUCCUGCACCACAUGGCCAAGAGGCAUCGACGGAAGCGAACAGAGAUCCGCCAAGAGGAGGUGAGUCAGAUCCUUCAAGAGUUUGAGGACGAGCUGUGGGAUGAGAAGCCUGAGACCGUGAACAGGUUUGUAGUGGCCCUGAGCAGCUUUGGAUGGAGCUGGGGCGAAGUGAGCCAAAGAGCGCAGGAGAUGCGGGCUCGUCACAGCAGCCACGCGGGUGUGAGCCUUGCAUAUCUGAUGGGCGAUUUUGCACGGUUGGCCUAUGACUGGUCUGGCGAAGAGAAUCCAACCUUUCUUCGCUUGAAGGAAGUCUUUUGGCAGGGUGACGAGAAGCUCGGAUCCAACAUUCGUUGCCCUCGAGAUGGCAGACCUGGCUGCGCGCUGGUGGAUUGGCUUUCGCCGGAGCAUCGACGGCUGCAGACUCAUUUCAUGUCUUGGAGUUGGAAGUAUUCACUUCAACAACUCCAAAGUGCCAUGCAGAUGUGGAGAUCAACCCAAGCAAUGGAGUUUCAGGACGUUUUCUUCUACAUGUGCUUUUUCGUGAACAACCAGUUCCGCAUCAUCGUCGAAGGCUCCGCCACCGGCAGCGACAAUCUGGAAGAAGUCUUCCAGACGAAUCUGCGACGGAUUGGGCAGGUCGUGGCAGUGUUGGACACCUGGGAGGAACCAGUCUACUUGCAAAGGGUCUGGACCAUCUACGAGCAGUACGUCGCUUUUUCCUUGCAGGUCCCGGUGACCUUCGUCAUGCCGGAGGAUGCAGCAGCUUCGCUAUCGAAGCAGAUCUCGCGUGGCGACGCCGGCAUCGAGGAGGUGACCCAGUCGUUGUGCGAUGUCAACGUGGCGGCUGCACGUGCCUUCGAUCCGCGCGACGAGCAGAAGGUGAAGACCACGAUCCAGUCCACGGUAGGCUUUGACCAAGUGAAUCAGCACGUGAAGGAUGCCAUGAUCCAAUGGAUUUGCGUCGUGGUCCGGGAGAAAUUCCAACGACUCAUCAACAGAGCCGAUCGUGAGGACGUUUUUUUCUGUCUAGCAGAAGC